AUGGCGGCGCCAGCAACGAAACGAAUCAUCGUGUGCGGAGGUAACGGCUUCCUAGGGUCGAGGAUCUGCAAAUUCGCUGUAGCGAGGGGAUGGGACGUCACAUCGAUAAGCCGCUCAGGGGAGCCGAAAUGGGAGACCGUAACCGCCUCCUCCACCCCGCCGCCCUGGGCGCACCGGGUGUCGUGGGAGCGGGCUGACAUCCUGCGCCCGGCGACCUACGUCUCGCUGCUCAAGGGCGCCGACUCGGUCGUCCACAGCAUGGGGAUCCUGCUGGAGGCCGACUACAAGGGCGUGCUGCGGGGCCAGGAGUCGCCCAUCGCGGGCCUGCAGCGGGCCUUCUCGAGUGGGCCGCGCCCGGGCAACCCGCUGGAGCGCCACGUCGCCGAGGGCCAGGCCCAGGACAUCCGGCCGCCCGAGACGCGCCAGCAGCUGACGUACGAGAACAUGAACCGCGACUCGGCCAUCAUGCUGGCCAAGGAGGCGGCCGCCAGCGGCGCGCAGUCCUUCGUCUACAUCUCGGCCGCCGCCGGCGCCCCCGUCCUGCCCGCCCGCUACAUCACCACCAAGCGCGAGGCCGAGAGCGCCAUCGCGUCCGAGUUCCCGCGCAUGCGCGGCAUCUUCAUGCGCCCGCCCUUCCUGUACGAUGCCAGCCGGCCCCUCACCAUGCCGCUGGCCGCCAUGACGGGCGCGGGCGCCCUGUUCAACAGGGUCACGGGCGGUGUGCUGGGCGGCUUCAUGGGCGCCGCCGGCGCCAAGCCGCUCAAGGUUGACGUUGUGGCCGAGGCCGUCGUCGAGGCCCUCAGCGAUGACAAGGUCAGGGGCCCCGUCGAGAUCCCCGAGAUCGAGGACCUGGCGAACCGGGCUUGGAGGAAGGGCAUGCUGUAG